AUGGACGGUCGCCCUCCCAAACGACAGCGUCGGACAAUCCCAGAGGAAACUACACCCGAAUCGGCACCGCCAUUAACGACAUCCACAAACGCCCGCCCUGCGCUCUCGUCGCGUCCAAAAAUUACGCGCCCGCGCCCAGCUCCGCCCAGAUCCCUCCGAGAUCCAUCUUCCUCGCCAAAACAAACCAAGUCCAAGCCCAAGUCCCUGCACAGCUUCUUCUCAAAAGCCACCGAGGGCCAGCGAUGGUCUGCGCAGAAGUUUGAAUCGAAGCCGGCGCUCGCCCCUGCUGAAACGACGCUCGAUGCAGAUGAGAUCGAAGACGAUUAUGAUUCCUACGAUGAGAUCUUUUCGGAGUUGGACGCCGGAAAGCAGGCAGACACUCGUCCUGCAUCGAAGCCCACUCGUGCAGUGCCGAAGAAAACGACAAGUGUGAAACCGAGGACUAAACCGAUAAAACGGUUUCUUAUGCCGCCGGACUCUAGUGUCCCAAAUACACAACGCGGUUCUCGCCCGUCAAUUGAAGAAGACUUGAGGCCUUGGGCACAGCGCUAUGCACCGUCGGGGUUAGAUGAAUUAGCGGUCCACAAGAGGAAGGUCUCUGAUGUACAGAAGUGGCUGGAGGAUGUCUUUGAAGGGAGGCGUAGAGAGAGAUUGCUAGUUUUACGGGGACCCGCUGGAUCUGGGAAGACAGCAACCCUCUCGCUGCUCUCAGCGGUGCUGGGUUGCGAUGUCAUCGAAUGGAGGAAUCCCCCAGUCCCCGAAUUCGCCUCUCAGGAUUACGUCUCCUCGAGUGCCCAGUUCGAAGAAUUCCUGGGACGAGGUGAUCGGUUUGGCGGACUCGACCUGGAGGACGCGUCGGUAACACAGAAGCACAAUGAGACACCCUCUCGCAAUCGUCGCGUUUUGCUCGUGGAGGAGUUCCCGACAGUGUUGAACCGGAGCUCUUCAAGCCUCGCAGCAUUUCGAACUUCCCUACAGCGCUAUCUUGCAGCUGCUGCAGAUCAAGCGUGGGGUGGGUGGAUGCAUCCACCUAUUGUGAUGAUUGUCUCCGAGACAUUAUUGAGCUCGGCCUCCUCGAUUUCAGAUAACUUGACUGUUCACCGACUACUUGGACCCAUGCUCUAUAAUCAUCCUAGCACCACCAUUAUUGAUUUCAACAGCGUAGCAGCCACUUUCAUGCAAAAGGCCCUGCGAUUGGUCCUUGAAAAAGAGUCCCAGUUCUCCAAGCGUGCUCGAAUUCCUGGUCCUGCCGUCCUGGAAAAGAUUGCUGAGAUUGGAGAUAUCCGCAGUGCCAUAUCAUCACUCGAAUUUCUCUGUCUGAAGGGAGAUCAGGCUGGGGCAUGGAGUGGCACUCUUGCCAAAACGAAGAGGUCUCGAGGGAAGACGGCGCUCACGCCCAUGGAACAUGAAUCACUCGAGUUGAUAUCGCAGCGAGAAGCAAGCCUGGGUAUGUUCCACGCGGUGGGCAAGAUUGUCUACAACAAGCGUCUGGAUCCUAGCUUAAUACCCAGCGAUGCUACGAUCCCUCCAUCCCCACCAGGUCAUCUAGUCGACUGCCGACGGCCCAAGGUCUCGCAGGUCGCGGUUGAUGAAUUGGCUGAAGAAACAGGCACCGAUAUCUCUACAUUUAUCUGUGCUCUUCAUGAAAACUACCCUCCCUCAUGCGACGGACCGAAUUUCACCGAUUCACUGAAUGGCUGCAUUGAGGCCCUCUCUGACAGCGACAUCCUCGGCGCAGAUCGCAGAUCUAGUCGAGGAGCUCGCGGGGGCGUUGGCAUCGGCGCUACAUCACUCAAUUCCGGCGUGGACAUGCUCCGACAAGAUGAGAUCAGCUUCCAGGUGGCUUCGCGGGGGCUUAUAUUUGCUCUCCCCUACCCUGUCUCGCGGCGACUUACACCUAGAGCGGGACAUGGCCGACCAGGCGAUACUCAUAAGAUGCUGUAUCCGUCCUCCCUCAGACUAUGGCGAAAGACUGAGGAAAUCGAUGGUCUCGUCGACUCGUGGAUGAGACAUAUGCUCGACCCCUUCAGCAAUCCACACCAACAUAGAAAUGACACCAGCAGUCACACUGAAUUCACGGGUGUCCGUUCCUGGAAGAAACUCCGAGUUGGCCCUGUCGCCAACAGAGAGUCUGGGAGCGACCAUUCGACGCUGACAGUGACCAUGAUGCGACGACAUGACGCGCUGUUAGACCAAUUGCCUUACAUGGCACAAAUUAAGCAGAAUGACCCGAGUGGCGUGCAACUAAAACAAAUCACCAGCAUUCGAGGCAGUCGUCUGGACGACGUUGAGGAUGACGAAUUGGCGCCCUCACAACCGCCGAAACCCAGCAGCAGUAGCCAUGCAUUUGGACCUCAAUUGCCGCAAGAAGAAGAGAAACUGAUUCUCAGCGACGACGAUAUUGUGGAUGAUGAUGUACCAUAA